GCGUCUCUCCGCAGGCCCUGGCCGCGGUACCCGAGUAGCGCAGGCGCCAUGGAGCGGCCGGCGCCCUUAGCUGUGCUGCCUUUCUCAGAUCCGGCACACGCCCUGAGCCUUCUGCGCGGCCUAAGCCAGCUCCGCGCCGAGCGCAAGUUUCUGGACGUCACCCUAGAGGCAGCAGGCGGGCGCGACUUCCCGGCGCACCGGGCGGUGCUGGCAGCCGCCAGCCCCUACUUCCGCGCCAUGUUCGCCGGGCAGCUGCGUGAGAGCCGCGCAGAGCGGGUGCGACUACACGGCGUGCCGCCUGACAUGCUACAGCUGCUGCUAGACUUCAGCUACACUGGCCGCGUGGCGGUGAGCGGCGACAACGCCGAACCAUUGCUGCGCGCCGCCGACUUGCUACAGUUCCCGGCCGUGAAGGAGGCGUGCGGUGCCUUCUUGCAGCAGCAGCUCGACCUGGCCAACUGCCUGGACAUGCAAGACUUCGCAGAGGCCUUCAGUUGCACUGGGUUGGCUAGCGCCGCGCAGCGCUUUAUACUGCGCCACGUGGGCGAGCUGGGCGCCGAGCAGUUGGAGCGGCUGCCCCUGGCGCGACUGCUGCGCUACCUGCGCGACGAUGGGCUGUGCGUCCCCAAGGAGGAGGCUGCCUAUCAGCUGGCGCUGCGCUGGGUGCGCGCUGACCCGCCGCGCCGCGCCGCGCAUUGGCCGCAGCUGCUCGAGGCCGUGCGCCUGCCCUUCGUGCGCCGCUUCUACCUACUGGCGCACGUUGAGGCCGAGCCUCUGGUGGCGCGCUGCCCGCCCUGUCUGCGCCUGCUGCGCGAGGCGCGCGACUUCCAGGCGGCACGCUACGACCGCCACGACCGCGGGCCCUGCCCCCGCAUGCGCCCUCGUCCCUCCACCGGUCUCGCCGAGAUCCUCGUGCUCGUGGGUGGCUGCGAUCAGGACUGUGAUGAGCUGGUCACGGUCGACUGCUACAACCCACAGACAGGCCAGUGGCGCUACCUGGCUGAGUUCCCCGACCAUCUGGGCGGGGGGUACAGCAUCGUGGCGCUCGGCAAUGACAUCUAUGUGACUGGUGGGUCCGACGGCUCAAGGCUCUACGACUGUGUGUGGAGGUAUAACUCAAGCGUGAACGAGUGGACAGAGGUGGCGCCCAUGCUGAAGGCCCGCGAGUACCACAGCUCCUCAGUGCUGGAUGGGCUUCUUUACGUGGUGGCAGCAGAUAGCACAGAGCGCUACGACCACACUGCUGACUCCUGGGAGGCCUUGCAGCCCAUGACCUACCCCAUGGACAACUGCUCCACCACUGCCUGCCGUGGCAGGCUCUACGCCAUUGGCUCCCUGGCUGGCAAGGAGACCAUGGUCAUUCAGUGCUAUCACCCAGACACAGACCUGUGGUCCCUGGUGGACUGCGGACAGCUCCCACCCUGGUCCUUUUCCCCCAAGACUGUGACGCUGAAUGGACUCAUGUACUUUAUCAGGGACGACUCCGCUGAGGUGGACGUCUAUAACCCAGUGAAGAAUGAGUGGGACAAGAUCCCGUCUAUGAAUCAGGUGCAUGUCGGGGGCAGCCUGGCUGUCCUGGGUGGGAAGCUGUACGUCUCUGGCGGCUACGACAACACAUUUGAACUCUCGGAUGUAGUGGAAGCAUAUGACCCAGAGACCCGUGCAUGGAGUGUGGUAGGGCGGCUCCCAGAGCCCACCUUCUGGCAUGGCAGCGUCAGCAUCUUCCGUCAGUUCAUGCCCCAGAUGUCCUCAGGCGGGCGAGGCUUUGAGCUGGACAGUGGCGGUCACGAGAUGAACUCGGGUCAGCGUCAGCUGCCACAGAACCUGAAUGGGCUGCACUAG